AUGGAGUCUGCUACAGCUGAGCUGGCUUCCCUGCUGUCCAAUCAGUCAUCGCAGGGCUGUGCGGCAGUGGAGAUGACCACAGAGAACAUGCUCUUCGGAUGCUUCUACAUACUGGUUUUCUUUCUGGCUCUGAACGGUAACAGCCUGGCUCUCUGGAUCUUCUUCAACCAGCGUGGCGCCUCCUCUCCAGCUAACGUCUUCUUGAUUCAUCUGGCUGUGGCAGAUUUAUCAUACGUGAUCAUCCUCCCGUUGAGGGCCACCUACCACCUCACUGGAGGCCACUGGCCUUUUGGGGAGGUUCCCUGUAGAUUGGCAGGCUUUUUGUUUUAUGUCAACAUGUAUGCCAGCCUGUACUUCCUGGCCUGUGUAGCGGGGGACCGUUACCUGGCUGUGGUUCACGCCGUGAGGUCGCUGAAGGUUCGCCGUGCUCGCUACGCCCACAUCAUCAGCUUCUCUCUUUGGGCUCUGGUUACCAUCUCCAUGGCACCACUGCUAGUCACUCACCAGACUGCAGAAGUGGACGGCAUGACAGUGUGUUUGCAGCUGUACAGAGAGAAAGCCUCACGUAAUGCACUGAUCUCCCUUGCCGUGGCCUUCACCCCACCUUUCCUCACCACCCUGUCCUGUUACCUGCUCAUCAUUCACAGCCUGCAUCGGGGCUCUAGGUUAGAGCCGGCCCUCAAGCUGAGAGCCCUACGCACCAUCGGCUUGGUCAUGCUCAUCUAUGUUGUGUGUUUUCUGCCUUAUCAUAUGAGCAGGGCAACCUUCAUCCUGGGCUACAACCACCCUGACGUCUCCUGUCAGACACGCAGAGGCCUGAGCUUGGCUAACCGCCUCACCUCCUCCCUCACAUGCCUGAACGGUGCCAUGGACCCGCUGAUCUACCUGUUUGGGGCGGAAAAGUUCCGCGGCACUCUCAUGCGAUUGUUUUGCAGAGAUAAGGCAGUGGCGUCAGGUGCCACCAGCGGAGAGUUAAAGGGAACACAUGAGAGCUCUGUCAGUGCCAAGUCUGAGUUUUGAGGAAGAGAAUUUUG